AUGCAAACUGUGAGAGCAAAGUUAUCUCGCAGUGAUAAAUCAUCAGCCGAUUUCGAAGCAUGUGUGUGGACAAAAGAAGAGGACCCUGGUCAGUCUUAUGCGCCCUCCAAGGUUCCAGACGAUUCCGACCAGACGGCAAACAUCCAGUCAAACACUUCCCAGUCUGGGAAAAUCAAAGUUCCACAGCUUGAGGUAUUGGGUGGCCUCGCGUGCGGCAAUCUGACUUCUUCAUCAACCUUCCGUGAUGGGCUUGAGCGAGCAGCCGACGACAUCAACACCAAGUAUCAGAAUGAACCCGCUACAGUUAUUCGUAACAACGAAGUAUUCUCGCAAAACAAAGCCUUCGAACUGGCAGCUCGUGGAUACCGUCGCAUCUUUUCCCCUUCUACAGCGAGUUUCCGCCGCUUGAAUGGCAAGAGCUCCGACAGUCAAGGUGUAGAACCUCACCAAGUUGACACUCCAUCUGAAACCAACCCAAGUAACAUGUACCGAUUUUCUUACUCAACCAAGGUUCCAAUCGACUGGCUUGAGAAAAUCUUAGAAACAUCCAUUCCGCUUCGAACACCAUGGGAUUGCGAUGAGCCAAAAUUUUCCGAGAUGACAGAUUUCAAUCCCAAGUCUGUCGACAUCGAGUCCGCCUCAGUAAUCAAGCAUGAGGUUUUGUCUCACCCUUUGGAAUACACUGGAGCGGUAACACCUGUGGCACUCCUGGGGACUGUUGCGAAUAAUAUCAUCGUUCCUAUCUUUGAAAAACGCCUAUCAUCAAUCCCAUAG